AUGUCCGUCCGCUUCCCGCUCGCGCAAAGCUGCCGGGCAUGUCUCCGCAGCUCUCGACAAGCUCAAUGGAGGCUGUCAGUGCUCCACCAACGCCCCUUCAGCGCAACGCCGCGAGGAGCGGACGCCGAAACCGCCUCAUCAGCGAACCUCGCUUCGACGGGGUCUGCACCCGCGCCACAACCCUCCCGAGCGAGUUCACUGCCGCUCCCCUCUUCGCCACCAUCGUCUGAAGCGACCGCGCACUCGAAGCUUGUCGAAGCGCGCGAGUUGGCGCAGAGACAGCUCCGACACCUCCUCGCGACUCUCGACUCGUCGGCGAGGAAGCAGGCGCAGGCGUUCUCGGCGGCUCUCAGGGCUCUCGAGAUUGAAAGAAAGCUGAGGGAGGCGGGGGCGAAGAUCAAUCAGGCGACGGGGUACGAGGAGAUUGAGCGGUUGCGGAACGGGGUAGCGGAGAAGGAACGAGCUCUCCUGGACGCCCGGGAACAAGCGAUACUCCUCAAGCGCGACUACACCGAGCGCGUCAAGCUCCGCGCCGACUCGCAACGAGAAGUGAACGACUUGUUGCAGCGGAAACCGACCUGGAACGGGCCGGAUGUAUUGCGGUUCACGGAGCUCGUGCAGCAGGAGCACGAGAAUGAGCGGGCAGAAGCGAAGGCGAAGGCGGAGAUGGAGGCGGGGGAAGAGGCUGUCGAGCGCGGAUUUUCUGACCUGAUGCAGGCGAUUCUCGAGCGGUACCACGAGGAGCAGGUCUGGAGCGACAAGAUCCGAUCAAUGUCGACCUACGGCUCUCUCGCAAUCACCGGCCUGAACGUCCUCCUCUUCAUCGUCACACUCCUGCUCAUCGAGCCUUGGCGGCGACGACGGCUCGUGCAGAACGUCGAAGAACGACUACGGACGAACUCGCAGCAAGGGCACGACGCAACGCAAGCCCAGCUCGAGACGCUCCAGCACCUCCUCCAGCAGACUCAAGCGAGCCUCGAUGCCGUCGCCGCCACGACAGCCGGUAUCGCCGCCCCUCCACCUGCCCCUCCUUCGCCCAUUCCCGUGCCCGAGACGCCCUUCACGCCGGUGUUCGACUCGACCUCGCCUGAAGCAGUCGCUGCUGCCUCCUCUCCCGGUUCGACCGAGACGGGUCCCUCUUCGACAGCAUCUCAGCAACCCCAUAGUCGUGUCGUCGAGCAGGCGCUGGCCGCCAUCGAGGGCCACGAGGUAUGGGCGGCCGGCGCAGCAGGAGCAGUCGGCGGCAUCGCUAUCGCCGCGCUGGUCUCUCUCCUCGGCCGGUAG